UGCUCCCUUCCCCCCCGCCUUCCCCCCGCCCCCCGCCCCAGCCCCCUCGGAUGUCGCUGCCGCCGCCGCCGCUCAGUGCGCGCAGGGCGAGAGCCGCGAGGAGACGGGGGAGCGGCGCGGCCGAGCACCAUUGAAUAAAAGCUCUGCAAGUCUGCAAUAAAAAUGGCCUCCAAUAAAACUACAUUGGAGCAGAGAUUAUCAGAUGCCAACCCCUCCUGGACCACUUUAAUGAUGCAUUCAUGGAUCUCAAGUCCUCACAAAAUGGGAAAGAAACAAAAUGGCAAAGGUAAAAAAGUUGAAGAGGCAGAGCCUGAAGAAUUUGUUGUGGAGAAAGUCCUGGACAGACGUGUUGUGAAUGGAAAGGUGGAAUACUACUUGAAAUGGAAAGGAUUUACAGAUGCUGACAACACGUGGGAACCUGAAGAAAACUUAGAUUGUCCAGAGCUAAUUGAAGCUUUUCUGAACUCUCAGAAAGCUGGAAAAGAAAAAACAGAUGGUGCCAAAAGGAAAUCUUUGUCAGAUAGCGAAUCCGAUGAUAGUAAAUCAAAGAAAAAACGUGAUUCUGUUGAUAAGCCAAGAGGGUUUGCGAGGGGUCUUGAUCCUGAGCGGAUAAUUGGGGCUACGGAUAGCAGCGGAGAGCUCAUGUUCCUCAUGAAAUGGAAAGACUCUGAUGAGGCAGAUCUGGUGCUGGCCAAAGAAGCUAACGUGAAGUGUCCUCAGAUCGUAAUCGCUUUUUAUGAGGAGCGACUAACUUGGCAUUCAUGCCCAGAAGAUGAAGCACAAUAAUUGUUUGCAUUGCUUUUUUAUAUAUAUGAAUAUUAAAACCUGAAAUUUGAUUUAUUAGCAAUGUGAGAAGCAUACAUUCUAACAAGAUUCAAAUUUGAUAUUUUUUUGAAGUAGUGUGUUUUGCAUCAACAGCAAGUAAAUAAAAGCUUUCUGCAACUUGUUUCAUUUAUCAUGAGAGAGCAUUUGAUACUACUACUUCCUCCAUAUUAGGUAAAAGCUUUUAUAAAACAUUCAUAAACUUCCAUAGUUAUUACAGAAUCAUAAUGAAUGUCUAAACAAACUCACAGAUGUUUUGUAGUCUUCUAUACUAUUGAUGUGCAUGUAUCUUCUUUACCCAAACCUAGCCCUUAAAACCUGUAGAAUCAUUCUUUUUAGUAUUUGGGAUCACUUGGUCCCAAGAAGACCAGGUGAAAACUAACUUUGUAGUAAUUUGAAUGUUAUCAGACUGUAUAUUGUUUACUUUAUUGUAAAUACUGGUGAACAGUGGUCAAUAAAAUAGUUUUAUAUUCUUCCUUUAUACUGAUAGGCUGUGACUCUUUUGAAGCGGUAUGAUAUUUCUGAACUUUUGAUAUGUUAAGCUCUCAAUUCGUAAUGUAUUUAACUGUAAGUUGUUUUUGGGGGUAGAUUGAUUAAUAUUACCCCACUGCUAUUCUGUAAUGACAAUACCAGACCAGUACCAGGCUGUGGUUCUCUAUAUUUUUGGUGAACAAUGCCUGGGGUAUCAUUUUUUUCAGUCAGGAAGGGCCAACUUUUUUGUGCUGCGAAAUGAAUGUGCUUUGGUACUUGUUUAAGUCACAGAUAGCAGCCGUGCUGCCUGAGUAUGGCUGUUGGUCACAAGGCCAAGUGGCCUCUGUGGUUGUAUUGGGGGAAAAAAUAAUGAUCUGUUGACAGCAUCAGCCUUUGCUCUAAUUUCAGGUCUUAAUACAGGGCUAUACUAUAACUAGCAAUGGUUCAGGUAAAAUUAUGCUUCAAGCAGUGGCCUGAAAAUACUUACGUAGCCCUCUGCCUUUAAAGUUUAAUAUUUUAAUCAAGAUUCUAAGUCAUGUACUUUAAACGAGACUUUGUUGCUCUCUCUGAUUGAAUUUUAAAAUGAGUUUAUCAACUGCUUCUUGGGGAAUGCCCUCAGAAGGGCCAAGUAAGGGGUGGGAAACUCAGGAGGAAGAAAGUUGCCUUUUUCCACUCUUCUUCCAAUUGUCAUUCCUGCUUUUCUUUUCACUUGCUUUCAUCUAUGCUUGUUCUUUAAUUUGUGUUCUGAUUACUCUGGCAGAGUUUGCCUUGAGCUUUGCCUCUUUGUAUCUCAAUGGCCAACUUCGUUUCAAAAUUCCUCUUAGUUUUAGAGUUCUGACUAAAAUGAUCAUGUAAUGUGCUACUGGCAGAGUCCUAGGAGAGAUGGUUAAGAUUCUCUCAGUAUGCUUUCUUAGAAAGUUUUUUUUAAAAAAAUGUAUAAAAAUAUUCCUGGAAACCCUCAUGUGGUAUUUUGAGGAGCAAAUGAAGGAAUUUAAUCUAUGCUUGAUGUUCUUUUGAUAGUUUCAUAAAUCAUGACUAAAAAUACUUGUUCUCGUAGUUUCAAAAGCCAUUUAUGUAGUGAAUUAAAACUUGUAAAACACUUAAUUGCAGUUAAACACGGGUGGUUAAACUGAUGCUAAAUUACCUUUUUAAUAUGUAACUGCCUUAUCAAGAUUUUUUCUUACCAAAUUUGGGCACAGUUCAGUCACUGUGGCUGCGGGAGAAAUUUGCUAUCUUGUGUUAAUGUGGGGGUUCCCUUAUUCCAGUUAACGAUAAAUUUCACUGCUUAGCUACCUUCUCCUGCUUCUUCCUUUGACAAAUCACCCUGCAUCUGUCAUAUGUGCAAGUCUUCUACAGAGUUCAUGGCUUAAUUCUUUGGGGCCUCUAUUCUUAAAGCAUUUCUUUUUACCCAGUUGUCUGAGAAAUAGACUAAACAAGAAUCCUAAAGCAGCAUGCAUUUUCCUGCCUGUUUCUUCAGUAUGAAGUGGUUUUCAGUUCCGAGUCUUAAGGUAGUUAUUUUGCAGUUUGUGUUUGGUUGUCUGAACUUUGCAGUUUCUUUACGUUGUUUCAAGUGUGGAUAUCAAGUUCAUAAGAAGUUGCUGAUUUGAAUCAAUAUAGGUUAAAAAGUCAAUUUAUUGGUUAUUGUAAGUGGUAGACGUAAAGGUUUUUGUUGAAAGGUUGAUGCUCAACAAUUUGUAAUCUUUAAAAUGUGGUUUUGCAUCUAGGUACAGCUUUUACAUUAUAUUUGGUUCUUCCUUCUGACUAUCCGUAAAAAUGCACUGUAUUCACGUUGAAAUACUAUACGGCUUGUUACACACUUAGAAAUCUAAUUUUUUACAUUAUGCUGGUAGAAAUGCUGACUGGUAUGUUUCCUUUUUAUUUCCCCUCAAUUUGUGUCAAACUGCAUUUUGACGGUAAUGAAAUGCAACACUUUAAAGUUACAAGUUAUGUAAAAUUAUGCUGAAUGUGCUGGGUACAUAUGCAAAAAAGACGUUAUCAAAUGUUAUUAAUUUAAAAUUAACUGAUUAAAUAAAUGAAAUAUCUUCUGUA